CUUGCAUAAGCUUUUGCUUUCAAGAUGCCUCAGCCAAUCCUGUCUUGAGCUAAAAGCUUAUUUAAUACCCACUACUUUCUAAAUAAUGCAUGAUAUUGAUCUUCCUAAACAUGUAUAAAUUCCUGUAUACAGGGGUUUGAGAGGUGCAAUUCCUAGAAACAGAGUGAGACUCCAGCUUUGAGAGUAGCAAAACCACAGCUAGAAGACAUUGCAAAGAUCAGCUUUGGGAGGAAAAAUCCUGCAAGAUGUUUACACACAACAAACUGAAGAUCUUUAUAAUGUUUCUGAGCUUUGCCAUCUACAUAAUCAUGGUGGUGUUUAAUGUUGGAGCCGGUACGGGACUCUUCAAAGGUAUAUUCCACAAUAGCGUCGGAAACAUCUCAAACAAAUACAACACGGGCUUCACACCGGCUGGUGGGACCUUCCUCAUUUGGAAUGUCAUCUUCCUCUGGCAGUUUGCUUGGCUGAUUUAUGCACUCUCAGGAAUCUGCAGAAGGAAUGAACUUGGAUGGGUCUAUAUGAAGCCAGAUUUACUGCCGAUAUCCUUUUAUCUGGUGUGGAUACUGAACAACAUCCUUAUUGUUGGAUGGCUCUUCCUGUGGGACCGAGAGUACCUCAUCCCAGCCUUGGUUUUCCUGGCAGCCCUUACUUUGGCCAGUUACCUUUGUCUCUUCAUUUCACACCGAUCCUUGAGUAUUCAUGCUGCUUGGUUCCUAAAGUGUCACAAAGUAGAUCUGUGGCUCAUCCGCAUUCUGGUCCAAAAUGGGAUUGCACUGUAUGCGACGUGGACUACCAUAGCUACCCUGCUGAAUUUUACUGUCGUGCUGGUCUAUGAGGGAAACGUGUCCAAUAAGACUGCAACUACCAUCUCUCUGUGCAUCCUUGCCAUUAAACUACUCAUAUGGUUUUAUGUUGAAAAUUUCCUGCUGGACAAGUAUGUGCGUUAUAACCUCACCAUUUACCCAGUGGUCAUUAUAGCCCUGAUUGGCAGCGUGUGUAAGAACUAUAGCCCUUCACCUCCAAACACCAACAGCAUUUUUCUAGUUGUGCUACUGGUGGCGGCUUGUGUUAUCUUUGUCAUUCGGCUGGGAAUAGUCAUAUGGAGAUGUUGCAAACGGCCUCUAGAACUUCUGGAACUACCAUCGACUUCAGAGUCUACAGAGUGAAAGAGAAAUGGAGACCUUAUGGGGGAUGUUUUCAAAGGCACAAAUGGGAAUUGGGCACCUAGUGCUCACUGGUAUCCUCUCACAGUGCCCCUGCCCUAGUGCCUUUGCAACUCUCCUAUGGAAGAGUGAAUGCAACAAAGAGGAUAUUAAGGACAGUGCCAUGAUUGUAUAUGAGCAUUCAGUAGUCUCUCACUUUCUCCUUCUGCUCUGACCGAUCAUACUUUCCCCAGCACCUUUCACUGGAUCACUUUGUGCUUUGUUAAAGGGUAUUUUAACUCUGUACCAGAGGAAGAGACAAAAACAACUCUCGCAAAGGUACAGCCUCUAUGGUGACUGGCUUCUGGCACUUGGGCACAGACAGUCUGAAUAGGGCUCUCAACCAACAGGUGGCAGAUCUGCAUAUACAGAUCUAUGCAUAGUUUUACACUGAGGUUUUGGUUUCCCUUGAUAAAAUCAUGGCUCUAAUUAAGUUAUCAGCCAAUGGUGACAGAGGUGGGUAGCUGUGACAGGCCCAGGCCCCAGGGGCAGGCACAACAGCCCCUGGUGGCUGCACGGCUCUUGCCCCCUUCUGGCCCCUCAGGGUACCCUCCCCUUCCUCUCAUCUGCUAUGCCUGGAUGAGAUUAUUUGAUCAAGCACUAAGUGGGGCCCUUUUGGCCCUGCCCAUGCCCCAGGGCACCAGUUGUUUUAAUGGUUAUUCAUGGCCUCCUUCCACCCCUACAGACACACCCAGGCCUCACAGAUGUCACUUGGUUGCCAGUGACUCCCUUGUAUAGGCUUUGGCCUUCUUAGCCUUAGCCUACUGAUUACUCUGGCUGUAGACUGGUAGCCAAGGUCCAAUGCUUCUGGCCUGGCCUUUCAGUCUCAGCCCCUCGAUGGCCUCAGGACACCUGUGUUGCCCCCUUUGGGGUUAAGCUCUAGCCCUCUUGGCCUCAAGCUGCCUGUGCCUUGCACCCUGCCUCUUGCAGGGCUCAAAACCUAGCAUGUCCCUCAGGCACUCCUGUGCCUUCCUUUCCAUCCCUUGCAGCCACAUCCAGUCCUCCAGUAUAAAACCAAACCAAACCAAAAAAACCCCAUAAGCAGCAACUUCAAAUUCAUAGGCUCCCCUCUGCAUUAUCUGCCAUUAUACUGCCAAGCUACCUCCCUACUGUCUGGCUGUUUCAGCCCUGGGAGUACCAGGCAUGCUUGCAGUUCUCACUCCUCACCAGCCUGAGCUGGCAGGUGCUUCUCUCCCUGCACUGCCCCAGCGCCUUGGGGGCCCAGGUUUAUAUCCCCUGGUUCCUCCCCUUCCAGUUAGGUGAUCCGCUGCCCAGCCACAGGUGCCCCCCUCAGCCUCCAGGGCAGCUUACUGCUGCUACUGUGGCUACUAUAGCAGUGCCCUAGCUGCCCAAGCAGGGCUCUGCCUUACCAAACUAUUGCUGGGCAGCUAACCCUGCAAUAGGCACUUAUAACGUAUGGGUUCCCUGGCUGCCUACUCCCCUGCAUUCUUCCCCCAUGUGGGCACAUCCCUGCUGCUGCUUUUCCCUUAAAUAAUGGGAGUCCCUAGCUCCCUGUUAUAAUAUUGCCACACACUUGACCUGAUUUUGGUCAGGGUCAAGCACCCAGAAGUCCCACUGGAAUCAGUAGUUGCUUGCUUAACUCCUUUCAAAUUCAAGCUGCUCCUCCCCUUCCAACGUGGCACAAGAAGAGCUACUCUAACACUUGAGCUUUACUUUUGCAGUAUUGGUUUUAACAUUCUGCAUUCAGUGUGCUUGGAUUGUUAAAGCUACUUCAAAGAUUUUAAGCAUAGGCUUAUCCCAGGCUUAAAGUGAACGAACGUACCUCAGGCAAUGAGGGUCAUAUUCCCAGCUCUGCUAUGGCUUUGCCAAGUGAGUUUAGCUACAUGCAUUAACUAACAUCUUUGUGCCUUGGUUUUCUUCUGCCAGAAAAGGGACUAGAACACCUGGCCUGGUUGCUAUUAUUAGGGUCUGUAAAGCUGUUUGAGAUCCUUAGGUGGGUGGCACUGUAAGAGUCUUUGCAAGGCUGCACAAAGAUGAGAUCUAUUAACAUAACAUGUUCAUAACAACCAGUGCAAUCUGUGCAGUGAAAAUCCUAUUUCUUUUCUUUCAGAUCUUUUAAAUAAAGCCUGUAGUUGCCGGACUUUCCCAUUA